AUGUCCAGCAUGGACACCUUUUUUCAACUUGCGAGCAACUCGCUGAAGGAGUGCAGCACCCAGCUUCAGCCUUUGUUACAGAAGCUCGGAGUUGCAACUGGAAGCCGCAAGCAGAAAGUAUUUAUGGAGCCUCAUGGAGAGUUUGCAAUGCCGUCUAAGGAAGAUGCGCCGCUUCUGGGGAAAGCAGUGGCUGGCGUGUCCGAGUUCGACACAUCUGAGACGCCCGAGAUGCAGCAAGAGAAGCGUCGCAUGUUCGAGGAACAGGCCGAGCGCUUGGAGUUCGGUUCUCUGAAGCAAGGCUGGUCGCAGCGUCGGGGCACCAAGUUGACGGGGAGCCAAACAUCCUUUGACAUGUUCUUUGCGGUCGUUCUGGUGCUCAACGCGAUCAAGCUGGGCGUAGACGUCACACUCGCCCCUCCCAGGAUGUCCGACUUGAGUGCAAGAAGCUUCCAAAGCCCCGGAAUGGCAUGGUUCAUGCUCGAAGCCCUCUUUGCCUUGACCUUCACUGCUGAGCUCUUCCUUCGUGCUAUCUUUAAAUAUCAAGUGGAAGUGAUGGAAGAGCAUGAGCUCUUCCUCUGCGUGGUUCCUAAGAUAGCUUCAACCUUGACCUUUAACCAAACACUCGACAUCGUGAAGUAUUCCUGGCGACUCUUCACGGACAAGCUCUUCCUGUUCGACGUGGUUACGGUUCUUGUGUCGUUGCUGGAUUCCUUCGUGCUCCGCUUUGCGGGAAACCAGACUCCAGCCCUGAAGUUGGUAGGUUUGUUCCGAUUGCUUCGUCUCGUUCGGCUCCUUCAUCUCAUCAAGGAUCUUUCACGGCUGGUCAAUGGAUUUGUGGGCAACAUCCGCUUCAUUUGUAGGUCUGUUUGCAUGAUGGCAAUCUUCAUCUACGCGAAUGCCAUUCUCAUGGUGGAGUUUGUUGGGCGGAGUGUGGACACCCAAGCCGAUGAAAACAUCCAAGCCAAAUGGGGAAACAUCCCCAGCAGCAUGCUGUCGCUCUUGACGAUGAGCACAUUCAGCAGUUGGAGUUUGCGAGUGGCGGAAGUUUCAGCUUACCCCUCACUGGCAAUCGAGUUCUGCAUUUUUCCAGGCAUGUUGAAUCUCGUGACGGGUGUCAUGGUGCAGACUGCCUUCUCCUUUCUUAAGGAUGCAGUAUGCAGUGUGGCAUAG